AUGCUCGACCUUACAAACGGCCUUAAAAUGGGACAAUUAAAGAGCGAUAAAGCCGCGAGAAGGGGGCAGGUUCGAGCUGCCAUCUGGCGGGAAUUAGAGUUGGGAUUGAUGGGAGCGACUUGUGGCGCAGAAGACUUUAAUAGGAAGCCAGGUGUGUACGGUGGAGAACAUCUGGAAAGAUCCUACAAAGGAGUUCAGGAGUUCUGUUGCAGCAUCAGGUCUUUUGAACAGUCUCAUAUGGUGCAUACAACAUGUGCAUAUAUAUACAACUAUAUGCACUUUGAGGCAGAAAUAAUAUAUAUGUAUAUACAGAUGUUGAAACGGAGUGACAAAGGCGUUGACGAAGACAAUAGAGACUCCCCGCCUCGGCCUGAUUACGGUGGCCCGAACCUAUGGACAGGUAGGGGAGAGAGGAAGGCAGCUGGUACACACAGCUGCUCUUUCAGCUCCUCCUUAACGUGUUACAUUGCCUACGAGGUCUCGAGGAAUUACAAUUCCACUAAUACUUACAUCCCAAAAAGAAGAUACCACAACUCCUUAAGAGACCAUCUGACUCCGACAGAUUGUGGAUAUAAUAGGCGACAUGUGGACGUUCGACAAAGACUCCCGAAGAACAAAGAACCUUCGUCUUUCUGGAGGAGGGCCAUUAUCCGAGCAAAUGGUUUCCAGCUAGGGAGGAAAUCUCGCGUGUCUUGGCGGCGGACAUCCGGAACAAGAAGUCACGGGCGGCAACACAUGUCAUGCCGAUGGGCGUAG